CGAAGCUGUUCGAGGUCCUUCUGGACCGUUUAAAAAAACAGUAUUCAGCAUUUUUCACACGCACGGUUGCCAGAGCGAGAGCUCCACAGCCUGGAGUUCACCAUAAAACGCUCCCCCGAGGCCACAGACCGAAGCACAACCCAGCUACAAGUCACAGCGAGUCACCGACAACUCCACUCCACUCCACAUCCAAAAUGUCCGCCAUGACUUUCUAUAUCUUUGCUUCCUUGAUGGGCCUGUGGACAGGGACGGCCAUGGCUCUCGAAGGAGACAUCUUCAAGUUAGCCGGCGAAGUAGCGGCCAUUUUGCCGGCGCCGGUGAGGAAGACCGUGGGGGCACUGGCGCGAAGCAGCCCUGCCCGUACCGCCUCCGAUGCCCUGGUAGGUCUCUUUCUGGGCAUGGUCUGCGUGAUGUACACGGCCACGUUCUUGUACGUCGUCGCGGUCCGAGCCUGCGGCGGGAACUGCUCCUUGGCCUGCGUCCUGUGUGAGAUCUCGGACCGUUCCGAGACGCUCUCCCUGCUUCUCUUAGCGCCGGCGGUUGCGCUCUUCUUCCUUCGCGCCGCCGGCUGCAGGAGCCUCGAGGUCGCGGAUUUCAAUCAGCGGCCUUCAGUCCUUGAACGCCUUCAGUCCACGUCGCCGCUAAUCUUGGUUGCAGCGUUUUUGCUUGCAAUCAUCUCUUUGAAUCUUCAGUCUCCGCAGAUCUCUGAGAUUCUAGGCGUUGCGGCUAUGUUCUUCGCGCACCUAUUUUUCAUCCGCUUCUACAUCCGUGCUGCACAGGCGCUGUGGAGGAUGAAUCGCAGGUCGGCAAUUGACAUGGUGGCAGAGUAGCGCAGCAUCGCUCGCUCAGGUGCGCAGAGGCAGGGUUUCUAGCCGGCUGCAGCAAGAUCGAAGAUGAUGGAGGGUACUAUACUACUAGUGCAGGAGUGCUUCUGUUUCCUAUCUACUACGUACCUAUGUUGCUGUUGUGAAAAAUAAGAGAUGAACAUGUCGUGUGAUGAGUAGUUAUCUAUCUGCUAGUAGUAUAACUAGCACUAGUAAGCUUUGAAUCAACACUGGACCAUGUAUUCAACAAUUGUUAAACUUGUAUUUGAAAAAUAUUAAUCUGGGAUUUGAAAAAUGUUAAAUUUGUACAGAAAAAUUGUUGAGCAUGGGUUAAAAAUGUUAAACUUGCAUUUGGAAAGUGUUAAUCUAGCGUUUGAAAAAUGUUAAAAAUGUGUACAGAAAAAUAUCGACCAUGUAUUAAAAAAUUAAUAUUGUAUUUGAGAACUGUUAAUCAAGCAUUUAAAAAUAUUAGAUGUGUAUAGAAAAAUGUUGACUAUUUAUUCAAUAUAAAAUGAUCUUUUAUUUGAAAAUGUUAUACUUGUAUUAGAAAAACAUAUUAGAUACAUACCGAAAAGGUGUAUAGAAAAACAAUGAAAACUGAAUGAGAACAAAAAAAUUCAGAUGAAAAACAAGCAAGAAACAAAUAAAACUGAAGAAGCUAAAGAAAGCAACAAAAGAAACACCUCAAAAACUAAGAAAAACGAAAACCCAAAGAAAUCAUGAAAAAUGGAAAAGAAAACAAGAAAAAC